AUGACCCUCCUAACCACCACCACCCUCCUCGCUCUCCUAGCCACAACCGCCACUACCACCACCGCAGCCUGCACCCCCCGAGCACCCUCCACCAAAUACCUCAUAACCUUCGGCGACUCCUACUCCCAAACCGGCUUCAACAUCACCUCCACUGCCCCCUCCGCCUCCAACCCCCUCGGCAACCCCCCCCUCCCGGGCUGGACCGCCAGCGGCGGCUACAACUGGGUCGGUUUCCUCGCGGCGCACUACAACGUCUCCACGCUCUUGACCUACAACUUCGCCUACGGCGGCGCAACGACCAAUGCUUCGUUGGUCACGCCGUAUGAGCCGACGGUGCUGAGUUUUGUUGAUCAGGUGGCGGAGUUUAGUGGGAGUAUUGGUGGGGGAGAGGGAGAGGGAGAGGGAGAGAGUGAUAAGCUGUGGACGGGGGAGGAUGCGUUGUUUGGGGUGUGGAUGGGGGUGAAUGAUGUGGGGAAUUCGUGGUGGACGGAGGGGUAUGGGGAGUUGGUGGAGGAGAUUAUGGAUUCGUAUUUUGGACGGUUGCAGGUGCUGUAUGAGGCGGGGGGGAGGAAUUUUGUGCUGUUGAGUGUGCCGCCAAUCCAACGCACCCCCUCGGUCCUAAACAACUCCGACGAAGCCGCCCAACAACAAGAAGCAGCCGCCAUCGACACAUACAACGCGGCCCUAGCUACCCGGCUCGAGGAGUUCAGCACUGCCAACAGCGGAGUCACGGCGAAGAUUGUCGAUACUGCGGUGCCUUUUAACACGGCGCUUGAUGACCCGACGGCGUAUGGCGCGCCGGACAACACGUGCUUCAACGCGGAUGGCGAGUCGUGUUUGUGGUUUAACGAUUAUCACCCGGGCGUGGAGAUUAAUAACCUGGUGGCUGCGGCUGUGGCGGAGGCGUGGAAGGGGAGUUUCUUUUAG